GCCAAAGUAAAACUGCAGUAGUAGCAGCUAAAAAGAAAAAGAAAAUAAGUUUGAUUGUGGGUUUCUUGAUUUUCCUGAUAUUAGCCAAAAAAAAAAAAAAAAUCAUAAUCAAGAAAAUAAAAAUGAGGAUUGUUUUCUUGAUUUCCCUAAUAAUUAUUACACUGUCAUGUGUUUUCCGACCAACCCAGCAGCAGCAGCAACAGCAGCAGCAGAAAAUCAAGACCGUUGUGGUAUUAGUUCUUGAAAACAGAUCAUUCGACCACAUGCUCGGUUGGAUGAAGAAAUCCGUAAACCCUUCCAUCAACGGCGUAACCGGCAAUGAAUGCAAUCCAAUUUCAACAACCAAACCCUCACCCGACAAAAAAAUCUGCUUCUCCGCCGAUGCCGAAUACGUGGAUCCGGAUCCGGGUCACUCAUUCGAAGCGGUCCAGAAACAGGUAUUCGGGUCAACAUCCUCAACUAUUCCUUCAAUGUCCGGUUUCGUGGAGCAAGCAUCCACCAUUUCUCCGAAUCUAUCCGAAACUGUAAUGAAGGGUUUUAAGCCCGAAAACGUCCCGAUUUACGCAACCUUAGUUCGCGAGUUCGCCGUUUUCGAUCGAUGGUUUUCUUCGAUACCCGGUCCGACUCAGCCGAACCGGCUCUUCGUCUACUCGGCAACUUCUCACGGUUCCACUUGCCAUGUGAAGAAGCUUCUCGCGAAAGGGUUCCCGCAAAAGACGAUUUUCGACUCGCUCCACGAAAACGGGUUCGGUUUCGGCGUCUACUUCCAGAACAUACCCACGACGUUGUUCUAUCGAAACUUGAGGAAAUUGAAGUACAUAUUCAAAUUCCACCAAUACAAUUUGAGGUUCAAGAAAGACGCUCGGAACGGGAAGCUGCCUAGCUUGACCGUGAUCGAGCCCCGCUACUUCGACUUGAAGGGUUUACCGGCGAACGACGAUCAUCCUUCGCACGACGUGGCUAACGGGCAGAGGCUCGUGAAGGAGGUCUACGAGGCGUUGAGGGCCGGCCCGCAGUGGAACGAGAUGCUCUUGGUUAUUACGUACGACGAGCAUGGCGGAUUUUACGAUCAUGUCGCUACGCCUUAUGUUGAUGUACCCAAUCCAGAUGGGAACACGGGCCCGUCGCCUAAUUUCUUUAAGUUCGAUAGGCUCGGUGUUCGUGUGCCUACAAUUAUGGUCUCUCCUUGGAUCAAGAAAGGAACUGUGAUAAGCAAAGCUAGAGGUCCAACACCAAAUUCUGAGUUUGAGCAUUCUUCAAUCCCUGCUACAAUAAAGAAGAUUUUCAAUUUGUCAUCCAAUUUCCUUACACAUAGAGAUGCUUGGGCCGGCACGUUCGAGCAAGUCGUUGGUGAAUUAACUUCUCCGAGAACCGAUUGCCCAGAGGUUUUGCCUGAAGUGGCUCCUCUAAGAAGGACCGACGCAGACGAAAAUAGGGACUUGUCGGAAUUUCAAGGAGAGGUGGUGCAAUUGGCGGCCGUUCUCAACGGCGAUCAUUACUUGAGCAGCAAGAAAACUAUGAAUGUGAAGGAAGCUCACGAGUACGUUAAGGGUGCCGUUUCGAGGUUCGUAAGAGCAAGCAAAGAGGCUAUCAAGUUGGGCGCGAACGAAUCCGCCAUUGUUGACAUGAGGUCUUCUCUUACUACUAGAUCAUCCUCAAUCCGCAACUAAUUUGUAUUUUUUUCGGUGCGUAUGUAGUAAUUUGUUAGCAUCGUUAGAAAAUACUAUUAGAUCAUGGUUUAAUUUGUAUACCAUCUAUAACUGUAGCACGAAAAUUUCAACUUCUUAAUGUAUUCGUGUUUCGGACACAUUUCAUGUCCGACAUCUGAGGU